AUGGGGAAGAAAAUAAGCAACAGGUUCCUUAUGGCACAACUCACUAAACUAUGGUGUUUAACCGUGAAGUUUGACAUCAUUGACUUGGAUAAUGGCUAUGUUCUGGUUAAUUUCUAUGAUGAAAAGGACUACUUCCAUGUGCUUCAUGAAGGCCCUUGGAUAGUAGUACAACAUUAUGUCAUUGUCCAAAGAUGGAGACCUAUGUUUGAUCCAUACGAGGAGCAGUUUAAACGCAUAGCUGUCUGGUUGAGAAUCCCUGGCUUGCCGUUAGAAUUUUACACUUCACAACACCUUUGGAGAAUAGGCAACCUUUUCGGGAAAACACUCAAAGUGGACAAAAUCUCACUUAGGCAAUCUGAUGCAGGUGGUGGGGAGUAUAUAGAGAAAGGAAAAUAUGCAAGGAUUUGUGUGGAGGUGGACCUAAGGAGAAGCCUCGUAUCUCAGUUCCAGGUUUUGGACAAGACUCUUCAGCCCCCAGAGCCAGCGGCGACGAGUGCUAGGGUUCCGCCCCAACAGCAAGCCUACGGCCAACCUCAGAGGAAGAAUACCACCAACGAGAUUAUCGAGGGAAGCUCCAAAUCAAGAUUUGCUGUCUUGACAGGAUCUGUGGAGCAAGAAGAGCCAUGCAUGCAGCAACCAGGAAAGCAGAUAGAUACAGGAACCAAGGAGUUAACUUCCCCCAGUGAGACAAAAGAAAUACGAGGAAAGAAGCAUACCUCAGGGAAAACGAAUCACAAUUCAAGAAGUGGGCCAAAGGGUCGAAUGAAAGUUACCCACCAGAAUGGCCAGAAAGGAAAUACUACAAAAGUGCAACCUGGAAAACCUAGUACCCAUUGGGUUGAGAAGGGCAAGGGCCCCCACGUAUCAGCUAUGGAGCUUGUCCCAAUCACAAAAGAACAUAAGAGUGAUGUGGUGGAGACAGAAAGGGAGGUGCAAAAAAUGACAAACAAUGAGGAUAAGAAACAACAAGAGCAAGAGAUUAUCUCAUUUAUGAGAUACAUGCCAAAGGAGCAGGACCUAGCAGACUUGGAUAGGGCUAUUGCAUGCAUGCAAACCGGAACCAGAAAACCCCCUUCCCUAGACUACCACAGAGCGGAGGCUAGCAACCAGAGGAACCUUGCCAUGCGAGUGCAGGUGCUCACAGAUCCUGUAGUAAUAGUCCCUUGA